ACAAACAUGUGUGUGUUAUAAGUAGAUCCCUCGUGUCAGAAGAUCACACAAGAGAAGGCAAACCAACUUUUUUCCCCUUUAAUUUGUUCUUCUUUGUCUUUCAUUGCCAACAGCCUAUCCGGCCCCCUCUUUGUCCGAGGAAAAUCUCUUUAUCUGUUCAUUAAUUAAAACUAUAAUGUUUUUUUUCUUCUUCUUCUAAUACAUAUCCAAAGUCCAAACCCUAAACCCAUUCUUAAUCUGAUGGCCUCUUCUCCUUCGCGCAUCACAACUCAAUUCACUCGCAACUUUCUUCGGUCCCUCCAACGCCUCAACCGCCGCCACAACUCCGCCGACUCUCCGCCCCCGACUCGGUGUAGGCGAUACCGCAAGAUAAAGCUCGCCGCUUACGCCUCCAUGGCCUCCGCCGUCGGGACCGACCGGGCCUGGAGCCGCGCCCUGCUUUGGAGGAUCCGCACCCGAGCUUCCCUCCACCGCGUCCCAACUAAAUCCAGGCUAAAACGCGACGGUAAAUUUCGUGGUGGGAGGAAUGAGACAAAUAGAGGAUGGGAUAAUACAGAAGAGCUUCGGAAGAUUGUUCCAGGGGGUGAAGCAAUGGAUAUGUGCUGUUUGCUGGAUGAAACUGCCCAUUACAUUCAGUGCCUUGCUUCUCAGGUCGAGGUCAUGAGAAAUAUAGCAGAUUUAUUUUCCUCAUCCUCAAACUAAUUAAAUUUUUCAACACAAAAAAAGAGGAAAUUGAUCGUAAAUACGAAGUAUAUGAAACGCUAUUUUUAGCAUAUAUUUAUGCGUGAAUGUGUGGUAUAUAUAUGUACCAGAAGCUAGGCCGGUGCGUGACCUCCCACCAGCAGCCAGCCAGCUAGAGGUUGAGGGUAAUUAAGGAAUUAAUAUUAUUGUUGUUGUUUAUAAUUACCAUUCAUUUUCCAGAAAAAAAAAAUAUUGAGAUCAAAUCGAGGAAAUAAUACAAUACGGAGGUACUACUGUAAUUAUAUAUACAUGUGCGGCAGAUUUCUCAUGUACACAUUUGUGAUCUGAUAUGAUCUUGAUCUUGUGUUUAGAAAGCUAAUCUCAUUUAUUCUUGUGGUUAAAAAUAUCUAUAUAAAUCACUUUUGUAUAUCGGUAGACAUUUAGAGCAUGUUUGGUAACACUGAAAUCAGAUGAAUCGGCU